AUGACAAUGCUUCCGCCGCCGCGGCCCCCUGCGAAAGUUGGCAGGAAGGGUAAGCAUGUGCAGCGCACGUUGUUGGAUGCCAGCGACCUUCCAUCGCCGGGCUUCGUGCAAUCCUUCUGCGCUAGCCAGAAACUCUCAGAAGCCUUGCAAGCCGAGCGGCUUUCCAGUGCCAACGGCCAGGCGGCCUACUUGAAGAAGAAGCAGCAGCAGUUGGCUUAUGUAGAAGAAGCUCAUCGUCGAGAGCAACCUCCUCUAGAAGCAAUUGCAGCGCCCGAGAUUCUGCGCGGAGAACUGAGGCGAGAUGCGGUGUUCCACCACGGAGCUGCAGGAGUCCCGGCCCCCAUGACGGGUGCUGCUGCUCUGGACAUCGGCGAUCUCCGGGGCGGCUGCAUUCCUAUUGUCAAUGUGGGCAACGAAGCAGGGGCUUUCAGGGAAAAACGCCUGGAACGACAGAAGCAGUUUCUCGCAAGUCGAAAGGCGCGACACGAUGUGGCGCUGGCAGAGUUCGACCAAGCCAUGGACGCACUGGCCGAAGACUGCCAACGAGAAGUAGAGGCAGCGACCGAGCGAAUCAAAAGAGACUUAGAAGCGAGUACAGUGGAGUGCAACGCGAUCUUGGAGCCUCUGGAGCCGCCGCCUCUCCCUCCAAAAGCGGAGGGUGAAGAGGAGGAGGAAGAUGAGGCUAAGCUGCUGGACGAACUUGAGGAUCUCCCCAUGGACGGCACGAUCGAUCCGGCAAAAGCCAAGGCGGUGGCUGCCGAGAACGCCGCACGCAAGGCCCUGCGGACAUUGGGCGAGCGCACGGAGGGCGAGGUGCGGGGCAUCCUCUCGGCCUUGGAGGCUGCGACUCUUCUCCGGCGGCGCCGCAUCGAGGAGUUUGCGGGACCCAGCGGCGAGCUGGCUCGCAUCGACGAUCUGCGGAAGUCCAGUGUGGAGGAACUCCUCAAAACACUGGUAGAGGCUUUGACAGCUGCGGCUCAUGUUGUUCAUGGUGAAGCUGAGCGAUUGAUCGAAGAGCGUGCCCUCUCCUUCAACGAGAUCUUGCUCGAAAACCGGAAAGCCAUGCAACAACUGGGUGCCAAGCUCACGGUCCAGACGCUGGAGCAUAGCAAAGAAUACAAGGUGCGGUGGCACAAAGGAUUGCUACUUUGGAAGCAGCAAAGGCACCGGCACAGCAUGGCUGUCGUCAUGCGCCGCAUCAAGAGCACUGAGUUCAGACAGCCUGAGUCCUUGGUUGAGGCUGUCGGAAAAGUACGUGAACACCAGGCUUACGUCUUCCGACAACGGAAAGAUCUUAUCGAUGAGCUCUUCGCAAUCCCGCAGCAUCGACUGGUGGUAGCUCUCGUGCGGCACACAGAGGAGCAAAACACGCAGCUCAAUGAUCGAGCCCAAGAGACCUUUGACACGUUGCUGGUGGAGCUCAGGGAGCUCAGAGAAGCCCUGAACGUCUCAGCAGAACAGAUGCUUGGGGAGCUUGGGCUGGAACUCGAGCUUCAUGAUGCCAGACAGGAGUGGAAGGGCCAUGAUUCUGUGGCCAACCUCAUCGAUGCCGAGGUCAGACCGCCCUUGCGUGAGUGCCUGGAUCAGGUUGCGGCCCUCUUGCACGCCUUGUCCAACAAGCUGACACAGCAAGAGGAGGCACUGCACCAGUCUGUCACUUCGGUCAUAACCUUCUUCCUCGGAUUGGCUCGUAAGCAAGAGCUUCUGAAGAAGAGAGUGGAAGAGUUCGAGGUGAACUACAAUGGCGAGGUAGAGGAUUGUGAAAAGGACUUCGAGGAGACUUGUGAAAGGAACGAGAAGACAAUGCAAGACCUUCACGGCGCGAUCGAUGAUGCGGCGCAUCACGAAACCUUGGAUGAAUUGAAGCAGCAGACCUUCGACCACCUGGAUCAAAUGGCCUUGGGCUACAGAGACCACGCGGACCAGAUGCUGCAAAUCCACAACCGCUACCCAGGUGAGGCGCAGGAUUUGAUUCGCAGAGAAACUCGCGGUUACUGCAAGGACCUUGGAUUGGCCUUGGAUCCGAGCGAAGAUGCUCCGGCCUUGGCCGCCGAGCGGAAGGCGCAGACGGCUUCCUUGGAGGAGGACGCCGUCAACAAGGCGAAGGCGGCGUUUCCCGCGGUGCCCGACGAAGACGAGGCGGCCAAGGCCACACGCUUGGAGGCCUUGGCAGCUGCGGUGGAAGCGGCCAAGGCAGAAGUGCAGCAGGCUGCAGAGGCGAGGGAGGCUGCCGCGCUGGAAGAGGAGGCCCAAAGCUUUGCUGGGCUGGAAGAGAAGAGCGGCUGGCCGCUUGGAGAAGGCACGGGCUGCAGGGUGCUGGAGAAGUGGGUCCUGGAGGAUCUUCGACAGCAGAUCUUGCAGCCACCAGAAAGCCAGGGCCAGGAGGAGACGCCCGCGGAAGUUGGCCCGGAAGACGAGUCGGAGGUCCUUGAGGAGCCGAAGUUUGCGGAUGGCACGGAAGCCCUGGACACCUUGGCUUUCGACAACGACUGGUUCGAGGAGAACCUCUCAUCGCUGCGAAGCGCCAUCUUCGAAAACCUUAUCGGUCAAAAGCGCUACCUGGACCGUGUGGACAUCCCAGCAGCCUGUGAAGAGGUGCGUCGUGAUCUAGACCAACGACUUCGCCGGCACACCAACCGAAAGGGCGAAGUGCAGGUGGAUUGGUAUGUGCCGCGCUACAGCACUGUGUCCAAGCACAAGGACAAGUUCGAAAGACAUCUGGUGGCGGUGGCGCAGAAAUGCCAAGAGCAAGAUGAUGCGGUUGAAUUUGCACUUCAACAGAUCGAUGAAGCAGAAGAGCAGUACAAGCAGCGUGUCGCCAAGAUUCAGGAAGGUUUGGGCGAUGCCGAGACCCUGCCAGUGCUGACUUCCAUGGAGCGGCAGGUGGUGGAUUGCAUGGUUCGCUUCCGGGAGCUCUGCCAGACGACGGUCCAGGGAAGGCUGCUGGAGCUCAGCUCCAAGGCGCCGCAGGGACUGCAGAAGGAGAACCAGGCCUUUUUGAUGAUGUGCCAAAAGGGUGAGGAGCAGUACAGCGAGCCGGAGAUCGUGUAUUAUGGAGGGGAGAUUGAAGAGCUCAACCAGACACUGGAUGAACGCAAGCAAGAGAGGGCGCAGCGGGCACAGGAGCUGGAAAGCCAGAUCCAGGAGAAAUGCAAAGUGCCCAUGGAUGCUUUUGCGGUGGCCUAUGCCGCUGCUGUUGAGACCCUCUGUGCCAGCAAAGGCUUUGGGCGGAAGUACGGCGAACCGCGGCGAAAAGCCCAAGAGCGUGUACGCACGCUCAUUGCAAGGGCCUCCACUGUUCGCUCCAACAUCCAGCUGCUUCUGGACUAUGUAUCGCAGCUCUUAACGCUGCCGCCUCCAGAGGAGGGAGGAUACGAAGUGACGGCCAUGCCCAAGGUUCCUCGCAUCAUGAGCGUGAGGCACUUCUUCUCACGUGGUGGCGAGCCCUGGACGUUCACCGGCGAGUUGUUGGGCAUUCUGUACGUUGCCGUCUGCGCCAUGGCAGAGCUCGGCAGCCACUUGGGUGCCUUCCGGGAAAGCAGUGCCUCCAAGUACGAGUUGGCAGCAGUUCCAAGCCUUUCCAUCUUGAGGGAGGACAUGUGUUUCUUGCCGUCUGCAGAGGAGCAGAAGGAGGUCCACCGCAAAGCCGAGGAAGCGAAAGACUUGAGUGACGAAGUGCCGGUCGAGCAGAGAGCGGAAGCACAGCAUGCCCUGCAGCUGUCUCGAUCCAUGGAGGCAUCGCAGGCGUUGAGAGACGACUCACUGCUUCGGGUGCUCGGGCCCCUCAUGAAGAGCGAGAGAUUCAACAACGAAAUCCAAUCCGUCAUCAAGUCCUCUAACGAGGCUUACGCUGGUCAGGCUCGCGAUCGCUUGCGGCAGUGUCUGCACAGUUUGUGGACUCCCCUCGUGUGGAUGUGCAACUAA